AGCGCGCUACGGCGGCUGCGAGGUGUUUUACAGGUUCCGCCUGAGUCACCUACACACACACACACACACAAAAGCAAUGGAUUGCAUGGUGAUGGGAGGCAACGUCAAAGUGCUGGCGAAGGCCAUCCACUCGCUGUCCCGGAUCGGGGAGGAGCUGUACCUCGAGCCACAGGAUGAGGGGCUGGCUCUGCGCACAGUGAAUUCCUCUCGCUCUGCGUACGCCUGCUUCCUCUUCUCCCCGCUCUUCUUCCAGAAGUAUUCCUCCCCGAAGAGUUCGGUCUUCCGCUGCAAGAUGGCCAUCAAGUGUGUGCAGGCAGUGUUCAGAUCUCUCUCCUCACUGGAGAAGACGGUGGAGAGGUGUCGUAUUGAGCUGAACAGCGAAAAGAGCCGACUGACCUUCUCUCUGCACUGCAAGCAUGGGCUGCUGAAGACACACAACCUGUCGUUCCAGGACAGCGAGAGUCUGCAAGCUGUGUUUGACAAGGAGAGCUGUGCCAACGUGCUCAGAGCCCAGCCCAAGCUGCUGGUGGACACGGUCCUGCACUUCCCCCCCUCUCUGGAAGAAGUGAGCUUGUCGGUCAGUGAUGAACGGGUGUGGUUCAGGAACCAUGUGGAGGAGGAGGCAGAGCAGUCCAAGGCCAUGCUGACGGAGCUGUGUCUCAGCGCUGAGGAGUUCGACCACUUCGCCGUCGGCACGCACACGCGCAUCACCUUCUGUCUGAAGGAGCUGAGGGGGUUGCUGAUGUUUGCAGAGUCCUCCGGGCUUCCUGUUUCUGUGUACUUCGAUGAACCAGGCAGCCCGGUGGUACUGAGUGUGUCAGACAGUGUCCUGGAGGUGAACUUUGUGUUGGCCACGCUGUCAGAAGAUUUGCACCCCCGCAACCACAACAACAACAGCACUAAACGCCUCCCUGCUGCUCCUCCUCCAGAUGACUUCAUGAAUGAUGACAUCGACUCCUACCUCAUCGCCAUGGAGACCAGUGAGCUUGCUGGGGGCUCUGAUUGGCGGCCACCGGCCCAGCCCAGUGAAGCUGGCGUGAGCCUACACAUGGAUAGGGUAGCGAGCGAGGGGGAGGAGGAGGAGGAGGAAGCGGAAGACGAAGAAGAAGAAGAGGAGCCAGAAGAGGAAGGAAGACCACCCAAUAAAAAGUUUCGAUCCCUCUUCUUCGGAUCAGUGCUGCCCACUUCCUCCCAGAUGACCACUCAGACGGUACGGAGCCAGGAAGUCCUGGCCAGUGACAGUGAUGACGAGAGCUCUGCUUCACCCUGAUGUCACAACUUCAGUGUCCGAGCAGAAGAAGGAGGGAGAGAGAAAGAGGGAGAGCAGAAGGCUGUAAGAGUGGAAGGAGAGAUGGACAGGGGAAAGAGAGGAACACCAGCCAUAAGCAGCAGCUGAUGGUGACUGGUUUCCUCAGUACCUUCUAUACUGUGCUGUGAGAGGGAACUUCAGAGAGAGGUUUCAUACAGCACUGUGCCCACUGUUUGACUGCAGCGAUGUACUCUGCCCUUCUGACAUUCAGGGACUGACACAUCUGGACACAGUCAUCGAACAAACACACAGGAAAAAAAUGACUUGUGCUUUAUUGUACCCAGAGCUAUAGCAACUAUAGCUCCGAUAGCAUCAGUGAAGAUCUAGCAAUAAUGGGAAAAAAAUAAGUUGGAAAAUUGCUAUUUUUGUAUUAUCAGUAUGGUUAUGAUUAUUGUACAAACUCAGAUUAAACUAUUAUUUUCAGGAUUCCCAUAGUCUCAUCUACAUUGUGUGCAGACUUUAGGGGCUGAAUCUCAUGUUUCCGUUACCUGAGGUUCUUUUUCCAUUAUGUAAUGGAGACUGUUCCUUCUCUGGUGUAUUUUUGUGAUACAGUACAUCUGUUUUUACAUGAUAAAAGUCUUUCCCUUUUCUUCCCUCUGUCUCUCAUUCCUUCAAAAGUAUGUGUCAAAAUAAGGAGCUGAGUUUCUCUUGGAACCUGGUGUGUUAGAGCUGUUUGCAGACGGAGGAGCAUUAUUCCUGCUGCUGCUGUGCACCUGAAAACUCUUCCCCCUCGUCUGCGGUUUCCUCCUUUCUUUGCCCUUCUCUUUUUCCAGUUCCUUCUCCCUCUU